UUGUUCUAAAUCUUUCUUGCAGUGUUUCCAUGUGCCUUAUUCCGCCCUGACCAUGUUCUUGAGCACCGACCAGCGGGAGAGAGACUCUGCUACAGCUUACCGUAUGACGGUGGAGGUGCUCGGGACGCUGGUGGGUGCCGCCAUUCAGGGUCAGAUCGUAGCGAGCGCACACACUCUGAAGCACUGUCUGCAUCGAAACCUGACCACUGGUCACCUGGGAAACAGCAGUGGCACAGAGAUCAUCAGAUCCCUGGCGCUGUCACAGGACUUCCUGUCUCAUGCUAAGGAAGUGUACAUGAUAGCUGCCGGAGUGAUCGGUGGGCUGUUUCUGGUUUGUACGGUGGUCAUGUUCCUGGGAGUCAAAGAGAGAGAUGAUCCCUAUGCUCCUAAAACGGACAAGGCCAUUCCUUUCCAUAAGGGCUUUAUUUUGGUCAUGAAGCAUGGGUCCUACCUGACUCUGACUGCGGCUUUCCUGUUCAUAUCCGUGGCCAUCCAGUUGAUACAAAGUAACUUUGUGCUGUUCUGCACAUAUGCGGUGGAGCUGCGAGAACACUUUCAGAACAUUGUUUUGACAAUUCUGAUGUCGGCCGCAGUGAGUAUCCCAUUCUGGCAGUGGUUCCUUGAGAAGUUCGGGAAGAAAACAGCAGCUUUCUGCGGCAUUACAUGGAUCAUGCCUUUCACGGUGAUGCUGGUGUUCAUCCCUAAUCUGAUAGUGGCAUAUGUCGUGGCCGUAUCAUCUGGGCUUAGUGUGGCCGCUUCUCUCUUGUUACCAUGGUCAAUGUUACCAGAUGUAGUGGAUGACUUCAGACUGGCAAACCGCAACUCAAAAGGACACGAGGCGAUCUUCUACUCCCUAUAUGCUUUCUUCACUAAGUUUGCUGCAGGCAUUUCUCUCGGAGUGUCGACGCUCUGUCUCCAGUUUGCUGGUUAUGACACAGGGGCGUGCAGACAGCCCCCUCCAGUGGUCUAUACGCUCAAACUGCUCAUCGGUGCCGCCCCGGUGGCCUGUAUCACCACAGGCCUCAUGAUCCUGGUGCUGUACCCGAUCAGUGAGGACGUCAGAUUACGAAACAAACUCGCCCUGGAGGAGCUCAGAAGCCAGAGUAUUACCUGUAAAUCUCUCAGAGCUGAACUGAGCAGCGCGUGACAUCCUCAAACAGCCGAUCCUUAUAUUCUAGCCCAGCGCGGGGAUGAGUCGUGUUAGUGUAUAUUACACUGUGUGACAUAUAUAAUGUUUUACUGUAAACAUUUCAGUUUGUUUCUGUAUUCAGUUUGUUUCUGUAUUUUCAAGUGAACAUAUAGCCACAUAUACAGUAUCUAAUUUACACACAUGAAUGGACUAUGUAUCAUUAUAU